GACACCCAGCCAGUCGGUUGUCCGCAACGCUUGCAAAGUUCCUGAAGCUGCAUGUAGCUACAAGGCUUCAUGUCUCCUUUCCUUUUCCUUUUCUGCAUUGCAUUAUUUUAAAUAAAGCAUCUGGCUAUCUGACUUUUAAAGGAUUUAUACACACUGUAGAAAUAAAUAGUUGUAAGAUGCCAUCGUAAUCAAAUGCAUUAAUUUGGAUAAAUUUCCUCUUACUAAGUUAUACUGAAAUGAACAUUGUGGGAAAGCUCAAUUUAAUGAUACCGUGGAGUAUAUUCUUGCUUCAUUCACUGCUGUACUCUCUACAAGGAUCUUAUUGCAAGCUUUCUCUUUUGAGAAGAACUUCAAGAAACGGGUUUAAUGCAAGUCGACAGAAAAGAGAUCUUGUAACAGCCGAGAUUCAAGGUGCCUCUCGGUCGCACCUUCAUGGAGCCUUGACACGGAGUCUUCCAAGAGGUCCAUGUCCUCAGGAGUGCCUUAAUGGAGCAGCCUGCACAGAGGCAGGUGAUUGUGACUGUCAGCUGUUUCAGGCUCAAGGAAGCAGGUGCCAAAUUGUACCUAACUCUGGUAAAGACCGAGAUGGGAUUUGCAAAUCAUGGGGACAGUAUCAUUUUGAAACAUUUGAUGGCAUCUACUACUACUUCCCAGGAAACUGCUCCUACAUUUUUGCAAAAGACUGCAGCACUCCAGAACCCCAGUACACUGUUUGGGUUCAUAACAGUCCUCACUGUUAUGGUUCAGUAUAUGAUUGUCAGAGGUACAUCAGCUUAUUUUUUUCAAACCAAGAAGAGAUAACUAUUUCAGGACAUGAAGUAAGAAAAGAAGGAAUCAGGUUAACGUUGCCUCAAACAAUUGGAAAUGCUUUCCUCGAGAGACUGGCUGACUAUAUUCUGGUGAAGACAACCUUUGGUUUUUCUCUUGCUUGGGAUGGAAACUCUGGUAUUUAUAUUAAGCUGACAGAAGAACAUAUGGGGAAACCUUGUGGCCUCUGUGGAAAUUUUAAUGGCAAUAAAUAUGAUGACCUGAUACUGCAAAAUAUAGGUGAAUACACAGAAGACAUUGCUGAAUUUGCAAAUAGCUGGGCUGUGCAAACCUCAGAUGACGUAGCUUGUGUACCUACUGCUUCAGAUUUUUCCAGUCCUUGCUCAGGCGAUGCAGAAUCCACUGAGGACAUAUUCUUCAAGUGCCAAAUCUUCCUACAGUUUCCUUUUCUCAGCUGUCAUGAAAGCAUAGAUCCGUAUUCUUAUAUUUCUAGCUGUAUGAAUGAUCUUUGCAGAGUGGAUGAUGAUGAAACGUACUGCAGGGCGGUGACAGAGUACGCGAGAGCGUGCUCUCAUGCUGGAUCCCCAGUGCGAGACUGGAGGGAUGACUUUCCUGCUUGUACUGAGAAGUGUGAAGACAGCUUCGUACAUCGUGACUGUAUCAGUUGUUGUCCACCAACCUGCACUUUUGAAAAAGAUUGUCUUGGCAGCAAUCUACACUGUUUAGAUGGCUGUUACUGUCCAGAUGGUCUCAUUAUGGAAAAUGGAACUUGUAUCUCUGUGUCGAAUUGUCCUUGUGUUUAUCAUGGAACUGCUUUCCCUGUAGGCUCGAAAAUUGAACAAGAAUGUAGCAACUGUAUUUGUAUUGGUGGCAUUUGGAACUGCACUGAACAUGAUUGCCCAGCUGAGUGCUCCAUCACAGGUAGCUCUCAUUUUACAACAUUUGAUGGACGCCAUUUUACCUUUCUUGGGAUUUGCCAGUACAUUUUGGUAAAAGGUACCGGGAAAAACAAAUUCACAAUCACUUUACAGAAAUCACCUUGUGGACAGAACUUUGACCACGCCUGCAUUGAGUCCAUAACACUAGUUCUUGAAGAUGAUGUGAGCAAACAAGUAACUCUCACAAGAUCUGGUCAAGUCCAAACUGGUCCUAACCAAGUUUUUAACCUUAAUGGAGCUAUUGAAAUUCAGAAUAUAUCUUCUUUAUUUGUUCAACUGAAAACCAGUUUUGGUUUGAAGAUACUGUUUGCUAAAGGUGGAGAGAGGAUCUAUGUUCAAGUUGAUGUUGGCUGGAAGAGAAGAACAUUAGGACUAUGUGGAACGUACAAUGGGAAUUUAAGAGAUGAUUUUCUUUCUCCAGCAGGGAUGAUAGAAGGGACCCCACAACUUCAUGCCAAUGCAUGGAAGGUUUCCUCAGCUUGUUCUGUGCCUAUCAAUAUUCCUGUGGUUGAUCCAUGCAACGUUAAUCAGCAAAAUGUUGGGUAUGCAUCUCACUGUGAUAUCAUCAAUCAAGAAGUUUUUGCUGCCUGUCAUGCCUACAUCAGCCCAGGACUAUACUACCAGCUAUGUCGCUUUGACGCGUGCAAAUGCGGAAGUAGCUGUUUGUGUAAUGCCUUAGCACACUACGCUUAUGUCUGUGGCAAGCACGGGGUCGUCAUCGACUUCAGAUCUCAUAUUUCUUACUGUGCUGUGAUGUGUCACAGUGGUAUGCUUUAUCAUCAGUGUUCUUCUUUUUGUAAACACUCCUGUGCUUCACUUUCUAUGACAAAUGCCUGUGGUGAUGACUGUGCAGAAGGAUGUAAUUGUCCAGAUGGGAAAUAUUUUGAAGAGUCAGUCAACUUUUGUGUAUCGAUAUCUGCCUGUCAUUGUCAUUACAAGGGCAAAGCUCUCCAGCCUGGAGAAAUCCUCCCUACGCCAACAGGCUCCUGUCAGUGUUUGAAUGGAACAGUGAAAUGUAUUGAAGCCACUACAGAAAAUACAGUUCACAUAUGCCCUGAAGGAAAAAUCUACUAUGACUGCAGAUCUCCACUGCCUGGAUUACCAGCAGCGGGUGUGAAUUGCGGGAUCUCUUGCGCAAACCUUGCCAUGAACUUCUCCUGCAUCCCCUCACCACCCUGUGCAAGUGGCUGCAUUUGCCCCCCUGGGAUGGCUGAGCAUAGAGGGAGAUGUUAUAUUCCUGACAGUUGUCCAUGCACCUGGAAAGACAGGGAAUUUCUGUCAGGAGAAGUGAUAGCUACACCAUGUUACACCUGUGUUUGUCGGAGAGGGAUAUUCAAUUGCACUAGUUACCCCUGUCCUGCUGUAUGUACUAUUUACGGAGAUCGACAUUAUUAUACCUUUGACGGACUGGAGUAUGAUUAUGUGAGUGACUGCCAAGCUUACCUGCUAAAGAGCACAGAUAACUCAAAUAUAUCUAUAAUUGCUCAGAACAAAAAGUGCUUUGACAAUGAUAUUGUUUGCUCGAAGAAUGUUUUCAUCACUGUUGGAGACACUGAGAUUUAUUUUAGUGAACCUUCUGAGAAGCAGAAGACCUUAAGGGGACAGAAAAACAAAUCUAACUAUCAGCUUUGGAAGGCUGGAUAUUAUACUGUGAUACACUUUCCAGAACAGGACAUUACAAUUCUGUGGGAUAAGAAGACAAUGAUGCAUGUUAAAGUCGGACCUCGAUGGAAGGGUAAACUGGCAGGAUUGUGUGGAAAUUUUGACAAAUAUACUUCAAAUGAUCUGACUACAUCAAACAACAUGGAGGUGAGAAAUGCACAGGUGUUUGGAGACAGCUGGGUAUUAGGGCAGUGCAAGAGCCCAAAUGAAACAUUAAGACCAUGUGAGGUACAUCAGAGCAAGUUCCCUUAUGCCAAAAAGGAAUGCUCAAUUUUAUACAGUGAUGUUUUUGCACCUUGUCGCAAUGUGAUUGAUGUGACCUCUUUUGUCAAAAAUUGUCACACAGAUACAUGCAACUGCAAUCUUGGUGGGGACUGCGAGUGUUUGUGUACCAGUAUUGCAGCUUAUGCCCACAAGUGCUGCCAGCAAGGAGCAGCAAUUCACUGGCGAUCUACUUCGCUCUGUGCUUAUGACUGUGAAUACUACAAUCAAGGUCUUGGUGAAGGACCCUACAUUUUGGCAAGUUAUGGAAUGAAUGACACAAUUAUAGGGGCUAACAUAUCCAGUAGAAGGAUAUUUCCCCUGCCUAGAACUAGAACAUAUGGAAAUGUAUAUUUCAGUUUCAUGAUAACUCCAGGUCUUUUCAAAGAUAAAGAUUCAUUUCUCUCUCUUGUUUCCCUUGAGUCUGCUGAAAGGCCAAACUACUUUCUGUAUGUACACGACAACGAAACCAUUGGGUUGGAACAGUGGCAGGCAAGUGCCUCCUUUUGGAGACGAGCCACCUUUUUCCACCACCAUGGCCUCUGGAGUCCCGGGCUCAGCGCCUUUGAACUGCACAGUAAAAAAGGCUUUUUCAUCAUUCUCACCUCAUCUGGUGUUAAAGUGGCAAAGUAUGAUGAUUCAGAAGAAUUCAAACAUUUGAGUAGCUUUAAUAUUGAAGAACUCGAUGCAUCUGUGCCUUAUAGAAGGAUGUGUGAAUGGCGAUAUGAAUCUUGUGCUAAUCCUUGUGUUAAAACAUGUAAUGAUCCUGAAGGAAUAGCAUGUAAAUUCCUUCCCCCGGUUGAAGGAUGCUUGCCAUACUGCCCCAAAAACAUGAUCCUUGAUGAAGUCACACUUAAAUGUGUUUAUCCAGAAGACUGCAUACCUGUGACACCUACAGAAUCAGCAAUUGGAACAAAACCUUCAUUGUUAAUCUCUCACAUGAGUGCUACCACAGAGAGAUUUCCUCACAUACCUCCUUUAUUUGUUACUUCAGGGACUGAUUCAACUCAUGUUGGUGUGACAGACAAAAAAACCAUGGAGGCAAACACAACUUUAACGGGAAUGAAUAUGUCAGCACAGUCCAUUACAGACUUUUAUUCACUGGAAGCAUCACAUGCAGCCACCUACUCAACCUUUUCAUUACCAAGAAACCAGAGUUCUUCGGUAAGUUCUUCAGAAGAAGAUGGAACAAUAUCAGCCGCAUCAGUUGGAAUCAUCACUCAAUUCACUACACCAAUGAUCACGAACACAACAGUGGAUGCUACAUCCUUAAAAGCACCUUACAUUUUUGCAAAAAUACCACCUAGCUCUUCAGCCAGUUUAUUAGUUUCUUCUGGCACUACUGUAGCCCCUAGGAAUACUACAAAAACCUCUGAUGCUUUUCUUGCCAGUUUGGAGUUUUAUACAGCUUCAGCCUCAGUUACUACCACCAUAGAAACACCCAUGCAUGUGUCACACAAAUCUUUAUUUACACCUGCAGUGACUCAAGCUUCACAGAGCACUAAAGAAACCCAAAAAACUAUGACCAUGAAAACAACUGGUACUACAAAUCCAUUAUCAGAGAUGAAGAGUACCUCAUUUACAGCUUCAGAAGUCAAAUAUGCAACUUCAUUUGAAAGAACUGUGGGUAUUUUAGAAAGUGGUCAGACUUCACAUGAGCAAAGAAAUGUUAGCAAGAUAAAGUCAACCACAACUGAGAAAUCCUCCCUGCCUUAUCUGACAGUAUCUGCAGUUCAGAGUUCACCUUUUUCAAGAAAUACAACCUCAGUGAAAAAUCUCUCUCUUUCUGGAGUUCUGGAUGUAACAUCUUCUGAAUGUGUGCCAAGAUACCUUGAACCUGUUGACAAAUGUAGCCAGUAUGUAUGUGUUAAUAUGGGUUGGAUGUUAUACAACCUUUCAAGGAACUGCCCGAAGAAUGUGCAGAAGCCAGACUGUGGCUUUCGAGGAAUGCCAGUUCAAGUUAACACCGAUAGUUGUUGCCCAGAAUGGAAAUGUCCCUGUCAGUGUUCUGUAUUGUCAGAACUGAGUAUUAUUACAUUUGAUGGAAACAACAUCGCCCUUUGCAAUAUGGCUUCCUACAUUUUAGUCAAGUUACCAGGAGAAAUUAUUGUUGCUCAUAUUGAAAAAUGUCCUGCUAAUCAGAGUGCAAAUUCAAUAAGAAAACUAGUGCCCCCUGCAAGCACUUCAGGGCUCUGCUUUAAGAAACUAAAUGUAACAACACGCACACAUAAAUUACUUAUCAAUCGUUUAGCAAGAAGGGUAGCAGUGGAUUCUGUAUUUCAAUCAUUACCAUUUUCAAAAGAAGGACUGAGUAUUCAGGAUACUGGUGCAAUGUAUGUCAUUGAUACCCCAGCUGGUAUUAGCAUCAAGUGGGCUCAUGUUACAGGCAUCAUAGAUAUUCAGUAUGGAUUAUACUCUAACACAACGAUGAAGACAGAAGGACUUUGUGGGGUGUGUAAUGGAGACCCUACUGAUGACCUAAAAAUACAAAACAGGACCAUAAUUACAAGUAUGGAGGAAAUUGAAGUGUUCAUUAAGAGUUGGGAAAUUGAGAAAUCACUUGAUGUGACAACCAGGAGACCAGCGAGAAACUGUACUGAAGAUAACUGUACAUACUGUAUGGAACUGUUAAACAGAAGCGUUUUCAUCCCUUGUCACAAGAAAGUUUCACCACAGGAGUUUUGUGAGAAGAUGUGGAUCAACAGUACUUAUUUUUGGAAUUAUGAGUGUGAUGCACUUUCUGCAUAUGUGGCUUUAUGCAACAAGCACAACAUCUGCAUUAAAUGGAGGACAUCUGAUUACUGCUCAUUGAGUUGUCCUGAGGGGAAGGAAUACCAGCCUUGUGUGCAACCCUGUGAAGCCAAGACAUGCUUGAAUAAGUGGUUCUAUGAAGAUUCUCACUGUUCUUACUUAAGGGAAGACUGUGUGUGUAAAAAUGGCACUAUUCUGCAUAGAACAGACUCUGGCCUCUGUAUACCAGAAGAAAAAUGUACAUGUACAGAUAACAAAGGACAACCCCGCUCUGCUGGGGAGAUCUGGAAUGGGUCCAUGAGAGGCUGUUGCAUGUACAACUGUUUAGAAAAUGGAAGCAUUGUUGCUGUAGAACCUGAAUGCCAUGAAGAUCCACCACCAGUCUGUGAAAGAGAAGGGGAAGUUAUCGUCCAUAUCAUCGAAGAGAGAGCUUGUUGUCCAAAGAAAGUUUGUGAAUGUAACAUGUCCUUGUGUGAUGCCAUUAUUCCAACAUGCAAACCAAAUGAAAAAUUAGUGGUAGGCUACCACCCUCUCUCCUGCUGUCCAGAGUACCGUUGUGAAUGUGAUCCUUCAGUUUGUUUCAAUGCUUCCCAGCUGGACUGCAGAGAAGAUCAAUUUAUUGUUGAAGCAAAACAGGAAGAUCCUUGUUGUUUCUCUUAUCUCUGUGUUUGUGAAUCCUGUAUUGAGCCAGUUCCAUUGUGUAAUGAAGGGGAAAUUCUCACUGUAGACCUUCAUACCAUACAUUACUGUUGUCCUCAUUACUACUGUGUUUGCGAAGAAAAUCUUUGUUCUGAGCCUCCUAUGAAUUGCACAGAUGAAAAGACACUUGUGAAGGAAAAAAUACCUGGGCAGUGUUGUCCAGAAUGGCACUGUGAAUGUAGCUGUGAAAACACUACUAUGCUGACCUGUAAAUUGGGAGAAGUUAAAAGAAUAGACAGUAGUGUUUCCAGUGCUUGUGGAUGCACUCACUACAUUUGUGAGAAGGAUGAUGUGUGCAUCUUCCAAGAUGUCACAGUACUGAAUCCUGGACAGUCAGUGAUUCAGUACUUGGAUGGAGACCUUUGUUACACAGUACAGUGUUUAAAAGAAAAAGACCAGAACACAGGAUACAAUGCCAUGCAUUUUACAAUGGUGAACUGCUCCCAGCAGUGUGAAGGGCAUCAAAUAUAUAUUCCUUCCUCCAGUCACCAUACUUGUUGUGGUACCUGCCAAAAUGUGUCCUGCCCUUUUCAUACUGAGAAUGGAACACUGAUUGUGUAUGAGGAAGGGAGCACAUGGAGCUCCAACUGCACCAACUACAAGUGUGCAAAGACUGCUGUGGGGGCUGUCAUACUGGCAUCAGGUGUUGUCUGCCCUCCUUUUAAUGACACUGAGUGUACAAAGAACGGAGGAGUUGUGCAGACGUACAAUGAUGGCUGCUGCAAGACCUGUUCUGGAUUGGGUCUAUUGCCCUUUGCCAUUAGUCCAGUAGUGCCUACUGAUAGUAUUAAUUGUGAACCAGGCAAAAAGGAAGAAAGGAUUUGCCAGAAAAUGACAAUCAGGACAACCAUAAGAAAACAUGACUGUAUAAGUCAAAGCCCGAUAAAUGUGGCGUCUUGUGAUGGAAAAUGCCCAUCUGCAACAAUUUUCAAUGUCAAUAUUGAUAGCCAUUUAAGAUUCUGUAAAUGUUGUCGAGAAACUGGAACACGUAACCUGACUGUACCAUUACGCUGCUCAGGAAAUGGCACUGAAAUUAUGUACGUCAUUCAAGAGCCUAUAGACUGCUCAUGCCAAUGGAACUGAACAUUACUGUGGACACGAUUUAAUCUGAAGCAUUAAAAUGAGUUUCCUUUCAUCA